AUGUCUUCUUCUUCCAACCAGAACCAAUUCCUCAUCCUCUCGCCUGAGAUCCGCCCUGCGAAGGUCCAGCCCGCUGCCGCCGCCGCCGCCGCGCCGCGAUUCCUCUCCCUCGCCCCGGACGUGUCGGCCUCGCACCCGCGCGCCCAACGCACCCGCGCCGACAGCGACGUCUCGUCCUCGGCCGCCAGCGCUGACAGCCCGACGCUUGCGGCCGUUGACGCGGCCGUGCCCGUAUCCAACACGCGGGUGCUCAAGCUCAGCCCUGUGCACUGGGGCGCCCACGUCGAGGACCACCAGGGCGACUACCACGACCUGGUCCGGUCUGCGUAG